AUGAGUUUGGUCUUUGAGCACCCGACGACCCUGCUGCCUUUAGUGAAGAUCUGGCUCACUUCGGGCACCGCCCCGGCUGGGCACUACGGCUUCCGCUUCAGGUCUGUGCAGAGUCCGUCCCACCCGGCGCCGCGCCGGGCCUUUUGGCGUCUGGGAACAUUCCGCGACCUACACCUCUACCCCAAGCACCAGAUCUUGGACGUGGCGGUGGACACGCCGAGCCCGCGGCUUUUGGGGUUCCUACCGGAGGCGGGGAUCCUGCGGCCUGGGGCGUACCUGGGUCCCUUCUUCGGGCGAGACGACGCCCCGGGGCGGGUGAACACUUUUGGCUUCUACUUCCGAGUGGGGGAGCCCCCGAUCUACCCGGUGAGCGAUGAGACCUUCGUGCUGGCCUUGCGGGGGCCGCUGGGCUUCGUCUUUCUGGAGGACUGCUCACAGGGCCUCCGUGCUUUCACGGAAGCGAUGGUUGGCGAAGACAGGUUCCCCUGCAGCACUGACACUCUGGAGCUCUGGUGCCCCCAGCAGUUGCAGCCCUGGCCGGACCUUCUGGCGCCCAGCGCGUGCCUGGGGAUCGCCAACACCGCGCGCAUCGACGUGCCCAACAGCGUGUUCCUGGCGGAGUCCCGCGGCGCAGACGGGCUCUACCGCUUCCAGCAGAACGGGCUCUACGGCUUCGAGAUCCAGGUGACCAACCCCGACGUGACGCCCUUGGACAACUUCUGGGCCCUGGACUUUGGUCUCGAGGCCUCCCGGCCCUUCCUCUCCAUCCGCAUCCAGACCUUCGUGCCGGAGGAGUUCCGGCUGGAGCUGGGCAGCGCCGUGGCCAACCAGUUUUGGUGGCCCCGGACCCAGGUGUACCUCCCCUUUCGCCUGGACCCAGUGAUUCGUGAGCUCCUGGAGCGCCUCGGCCACAUUGCGCAGUCGCAGGAAAUGGGCAGUGACGGACUACCCCUGGACAUCGACAUGCUAGAUGCAGCUGCUGCUGGGGGCAAGGCCUGCAGCGUGCCAGCUGGCUCCGGCCUUCAGGAGGCAGCGAACCUGCAGGAGGCAGCGAAGGAUGAUAGUCCGGCUCUCCACGACAUCCCCUCGCCCGAAGUGCUGGCACGCAGGGACGCGUUCUGGUCACGGUUCAAAACAAGCAAAAGCGAUGAGCCUGGCACGAGCACCUUGAACGAUGGCGCCGUGAAUGAGGAUGAGGCUGUUCACGAGGAGUUGGUCGCAAUUGAGAAUUUGAGGAGUGAGGUGGAAACCAAUAUGGACGAUGACAGCGAGGGGUCCAUGCCCAGAGGGGCGCUGGAGGAUGAAGGCACGCCCAACGUUUUGGAGGACGCGUCCAUGUCCAACUGA